GGCGGCCGCGGGGCUGGGCGCGCCCAAGUCGCCGCUUGGUCCCAGCCGGCGGGCGAAGGCGGCCCCUCACCGGACGCCCCGCCUCCGACUCCCGUUACACUCGGGGGAAGGUGUUCCAGAGGCCGCUCCCAUCCUCACCCCGCCUCCCGCUUCCCCGGCGCUAGCCUCGGCCGGCGGAGCCCACUAUGCCAGACAGUUUCGACACUUUGCAAAGACAAAGAGCCCUAGAUCGGAGGGAAGAGAGAGGAGGAGACAGAAGAGGAGGUAGAGGAGGACCCGGAGGUGCGCGCUGGUCCGGACUUGACUUUGAUGAACUGAAAAUGCCAUCUAGAAGUUACUGGCACCUCCCCGGGCUGUGCUGAGCUAGGUUCAGAGCUGUGGAGCCAGAGGUCGACAGUGGCCCAGUCUCCUGAGAUGAAGAAACUGGGGCUCAGAGAGGUUAAGGAACUGCUGACGCGGCACAGCAGAUGUUCAUCAACCUCUGUACCUUCUUGGAGAUGUCCUCUAAGUUACCAUCCCUGGUGACAGCCUGGGAAACACAACACUCUAAUUAAGGACUGUCCUGAGCCAUACUUUCUGGAGGAGGGCGGCCAAGCAGCCACCCCACAACCUGCACCAAGACCCUUCUCCCGGUCCUCCAGGGGAGCACUCAGGCUGGGGAUUAAACCUUGAUCCCUUUUGCACGAGGGAGAGCAUUGCUCUUCCAAGGCCACAUUUUUGCUUUGCUUGAGGUUGAGAAAAAGGCGGACCGCUCCCGUUUACCAAACUGGAAGACAGCAUAAGCAAGAUCGCAUCUCAUAGACCACACUCAUGCGCUACACAGAGAUAUCCAGAGCACAGACCUAGACGCGUCUCCAACAGGCGGGUUUCGCCCUGGCCGCCUCAGAGGCCUCCCCUUCCUGCUAGCUGCUCCUUUGUCUCUGGGACCUAUCUGCUCAGCUCUGUGCACUCUCUCUCCUCUCUGCCACCGUCCUGGUGACACACAGAGGACCCAGCAAAGGGUUGAGAUGAUGAACACGAGGAAGAGGACCCUCAAGUGUCUCACCUUCUCCCUGUUUCUCGUCUUCCUCACGUCCUGCGUCUUGAACUACUCAAGCACCGGAGGGCCCACUGCCUGGUUCUCCAAGCAGAUGGUCCUGGGGUUCUCGGACAACUUACGCAGGCUCAUCAAGUCUCAGCCCUGUACCUGCACACACUGUAUCAGCCAGGGCAAGGUCUCGUACUGGUUCGACCAGCGCUUCAACAAGACCAUGCAGCCGCUGCUGACGGCCCACAAUGCCCUGAUGGAAGACGACACCUACCAGUGGUGGCUGAGGCUCCAGCGGGAGAGGAAACCUAACAACCUGAGUGACACCAUCAAGGAACUGUUUCGUGUGGUGCCCGGGAAUGUGGACCCUGUGCUGAACAAGAGGUUGGGAGGUUGCCGACGCUGCGCCGUCGUGGGAAACUCCGGGAACCUGAAGGACUCCUCCUAUGGGCCCGAGAUUGAUAGCCACGACUUCGUGGUGAGGAUGAACAGGGCACCCACAGUGGGCUUUGAGGCAGAUGUUGGGAGCAGGACCACCCACCACCUCAUGUAUCCUGAGAGCUUCCGGGAGCUGGGAGAGAAUGUCAGCAUGAUCCUGGUCCCUUUCAAGACCACCGACCUGCAGUGGGUGGUCAGUGCCACUACCACAGGCACCAUCACUCACACCUACGUCCCCGUACCCCCGAAGAUCAAAGUGAAACAAGACAAGAUCCUGAUCUACCACCCAGCCUUCAUCAAGUAUGUCUUUGACAGCUGGCUUCAGGGCCAUGGGCGGUACCCAUCAACGGGCAUCCUCUCCGUUAUCUUCUCCAUUCAUGUCUGUGAUGAGGUGGACCUGUAUGGCUUCGGGGCAGACAGCAAAGGGAAUUGGCACCACUACUGGGAAAACAACCCAUCUGCGGGCGCAUUCCGAAAGACUGGAGUACAUGAUGCCGACUUCGAGUACAAUGUCACAACCACCCUGGCAGCCAUCAACAAAAUUCGCAUCUUCAAGGGGAGAUGAUGCUGCGAUUGGUUAAGGACGGACACGGCGCACUUCACCUCUCAACUUGCAGCCGCAGCAUCUCACUGGAGCCAUUUUGUUCCAGAAGCUUCCAGGGCUGAACUCGGGGUGUUCCCCGGCUUGCCGGCAGCCUCUUGUGCCCUCAUUUUGGUAGCAUUCAUUUGGCAAAGCUGUCCAACUCUCCCAGGGCACCGAGCAAGUCUCAGACCUCUCGAAGGAGGGAACACUUCCUUGCUGCUGUCCCCUAGCUGGGGGAAAGUGGGAAGAUACUGGGAAAGGUCUAACCUCUGAAUAAUGACAGUUAUAUUUUGAUUUCUGGGGUGGGGGUGGCAUGGGGAAAAUAAAUCCUGAAGAUUCCUAUGUUAAGAAAAGGUUGGCAUUUCCUGGAAAUCAUUUGGGGGCUGCCACUGAACUGUGAACCUCAUGCUCAAACUCAGACUCUGGCUGGGAUGUUUGUGACAGUUGAGACAGAGCAGAGCCACACUGGACUACACCAGCACAGGGGCAAGAUGCUGUUCUCCUUCGCAUGAGGCCUGGCCUGUCACUCGACAUGACAUCCCCGUUGUCUCUUUCUUCCCAAAGCUCACUGAUGGUGGCGGGCAAAGCUUCUGAUUGCAGAGCUCUCCUACAGAAACCCAGCCACAGGAGGGAAGCCCUCCUCACCAUCCUGUGUGAUUCCCCUCCACGGUGAUACGGAUGGCCAGAGCAAGUCUGACUACUUCCAUGUGCCUUUGAACUUGAGGAAGGAAUGCAUGCUUUGACUGACAUGAAGCAAAAUCCCCAACUGGAAAAAAAAAGGGGGGGCUGCACCAGUGUCAGAAUCUCUUUUGAGAUGACACUCUGCAUCACUCAGACUGAGCCAGGCAGGGGACGGGUGCUCACUUCUGUUUCCUCAGACCGUUGGGUUCGGGGCCACUAAACAACCAGCAUCUUCCCCGGAGUCCUGAACACUGGGCUAAGUCCCUAGCAGCCACCUUCCUGGAGUCCUUGGGGGUCGCAAUGGGGACAUCGUAGGACCACGACUGAAAUGCAUGUGCCCUUUCUCGCUCUUGUCCGUCCUUCCCUCCUCCUUUUAUAGACUUGCUGUUAUUUAUUGAUUGGUUAAUUCAGCUGACCCUGUCUGCACACUCUUCCCCAUCACUGCUCGCGAGGUUUUUGUUGCCUUGCUUGGCAAGUGGGAGCAGAAAGGGGAGGGAAGCCCCUGAGCUUCCUGGGUGUGUGUGUGUGUGUGUGUGUGUGUGUGUGUGUGUGUGUGUGUGUGUGUGCGCGCGCGUGCGCUCGCGUUGAGACAGCUGGGCAGGGGCUUUCUGGUGGGCAGAACUGUGACUGAUGAUCUUUUGUACAGCCCAUGUCACCUCCUUUUCUGGUACAGCUGGCCUGCCAUCUUCCUCAUGCAGAGGGGACUCACUCAGCCUGGGACGCCUCCCACCUCACUGAUGACUCCUUGGCUCCUUGGUGAGGGAAUUGAGACAGGGGUGAAUGUGCACCGGGCAGUAACUGUCACCUCCUUGCAGAUGUUCACUAAGAGAAACCUCUGUUUGUGUUAAAAACAUCCCCUAAAGACCACAGCAGCUUCAUCAAGGCAGAAUAUGAAGGAGGUAUCUUGGGGGUUUCAAGGUCUUCCCCUGUUCAGGUUGCCCUCUGCAAUAAGAACUCAGCGGCCUCAAUGAGGAGCCACACACAGCUUUGGGCCAUUCACUGGGCAUCACCAAAGAGCAGACACCAAGACUGCCAUUUUCCAGGAGUCUGUCCUGUGAGUGGCUUUGCCGUAGCUUUUGUUCAGUUCUAGCAUCCAAGCUUUUAAUGGAGGAACCAUGAUGUUCCACUUUUAAAAAUCUUUCUGAUGUAAGACCCUGGGCUGAAAAGGCUGAGCUCUUGUGGGGGUCCUUGCUCUGGAGAGGCUUCCUCAAGGGUCCGGGUGUGAGGCAUUCGGUAGAUUUUGUUUGUGCACUUUUGGGUCAAUCCCUUGGACAAAUCAGAAUUAGUGGAUGCCGGCGUCGGGUGACAGCUCAGGUGUACGGUUCUACUGAACAAGAGCAAGUGUCUGCAGUGACAGCGUAACCAUUUCUAGCUGAGCACAGCUCAGCAAGCUCCUCCUCUCACUCUCCUCCCUCCCUCCAGCCAAGGAGCCAUCAUUUCCCUUUCCCAUAACACUCAGCCGUCUCCUGUGUCUCACUGGGUUAUCAGUGGGCUCUUAACUGGAGAAAACGCAGUCCGCCAUGGCCAGAAUUAAGUGCACCAAUUAGUUUAAGGUAAUUGGAGCUUUCCUUGGGGUGUGGGUGGCUGAGAACAGGAAGGGCCUUCCUUUCCCAACAAGCCUGGGCUGGCUGCUGUGCACAGAGCUGACUGAGAAGCUGCUAAGUCCAGGGGAACCCAGAGGAGUCUCAGCGGCACCCCAGACUACUAGCCUGCAGUGACUGGUGUUUCUCAUGCCAGUAGCUGCCCCUGCCCUCAGACUCUUAGGGGAGAGAGAAGCCUUUAGCUCCCAAAAGAGACAAGCCAGGGAAGAAAAUCCUGACACUGAUGCCUUAGGUUGGCUUUUGGGCAUCAGGAAACAUCCAGUAAACCAUAUGUUUACUGAGCUAGUGGAACAGACCCUAGGAAGUACAGGACAGGAUGGCUAGAAUAAGGAGGCCAGGAACUAGCUGGGGCUGUGGAAGUCUGGAGAUGGCUUUAAGGAAAAGGGUACAGAGGGUGCUGCAGUCUCCACUGUGGCCACUUGGGGCUGCUAGAGGCCCAUGGCACCUCCUGGGAAAAGGACCUCCCUGUCAAAUGUGGGGAUCACAGUGGAUGAUUGAGAACACAGAGGCUGGCUUUACCUGUGCCCUUCAAAGUAGCCACCACUGUGCAUGACGGGAGAGGACCUGGGUGCCCACUUCCCGCCAGAGUGACAGCUGCAUGGGCGCAGGAAUUGGCAGCUGGAGACACGGGUUUCAUCGUAGUCACCCGAGGUGCGGAAGAUGUGGCCUCAGCUGCUCAGCCACCAUAGCCUGGCUACCAAUUAUGAGAUAACAUCAGCUUUCCCCUUGGUUGUCACCCUCUCUUGCGCCCUAGAUGCUACCUAGCACGUGUAAGAAACAGGAGGGUGACGAGAGAAGUCAGAGACUUAGCAGAGCGGCCUUCAGCCCCAGAUUGUAGUAGCUGCGUCAUUAACCCAACAGCGUGCAGCCUCAGCCAGGCCCAGCCUCCAGCUUCCACUUGAUGACCUCCUUCCAUGGAGGGGAGGACCCUAUGUUCACUCCUCCAGGCUCUCGCUCACUUAGCUUCUAGCUUGGCUCCUCCUACCCAGGGUCUGCCUCCAGGGCACUAGCUGUAACUCUUUCUCCAGAGCCUCCUCUGGAUCUUGCUUGCCCUUCUAGGUGGACAUGGGUCCCUCCUGCACCCCCAGACCCCUGCACAAUCAGGUUAGCCCUUUGCCAAGGCCCCUGCAGAGCCAAAGUUUUCCAAGCACUUUCCCUCCCGAGAGCUUUUCCUUCCUUGCUUCCCGUGGCCCAGUGUCACCCACUUACACUUUGUUUUUCUCGUGCCUGGCCCAUCUCGUAGUCCUCCUGAUUGGUGUGAAUGCAGAGCCAAUGAUGUUAGCGAGUCUGCCUCCCUAGGCCCCUGCUUUGUUUUAUUUAUUGUUGAGUAUUCCCCCAAUGAUCCGAAUCAAAGUGAAUAAAAAGAGCUAUUUUAUUGUU